AUGGGCGACAUCGAUAAGGCCGAGAUCAAAGUCCAUCCCGACUGGAAAGACGAAGUCCCCAAUGCCAACGGCGACACCGAUCCCAUUGCUACCACUGUGACUCUUGUCAGCAGCGACGAAGUUCACUUUCACGUACCCAGGUACCUACUCAUGGCAAACAGCCCCGUCCUGAAAGAUAUGCUCUCCGUCCGCACGACCAACAAUUCCCAAAAAGUAGAAUUCUCCGAUGACGCCCCGAAUCUGCUGCCUCCCUUGCAUUUUACCUCUCCGUCCUCAUCGGAAAAGAUGGCAAGGUCACUUUGGAGGAAGAGUACAAGACGAGGAUCGUGA